AGGGGGCGGUGAGACAAUCCGGAAGUGGGAGUAAUGAAGAGGUGCCACUUGGCGGCCAUGGCAGCUGUAGUAUUGGCGACUCAGGGUCAGGGCCUGGCUGAGGGACGUACCAUGGGCAGCACCCGGUGUAGGGCAGAGACAGCGUUGUAUCGACUCUGCUGUUGAGUCCUCGGGGCCCAUUGUUGACUUGCGGGACAGCUCGCUCGACGCCAGACUUGGAAGGGAGUUUGCUGGGACUGGUGGGCUGGUCCCUGGGGGCGGAUCACCUGCGGGGCCACCCUAGGGAACCAGGUACCGACCGAGGUGAAGACACUUAGGUUUACUUGUUUCCUGCUGCUACCAGACACACUGUCUCGGGGAGUGGGUCGUUUUGUCACCCUCAUUCUGAAGAUUGAAGAGAUCCCUUUCGCACGGUUUCUCCAUCUGUUUCCUACCGGAGUCCCGGUGAUUGGCAUCCAAGAACCUAAGCUUGAGCAAAGUUUUCUCUGGUGCUAGUAUCAGCCAAAAAAAGGAGCCUGCGUCUUAGUACGCAGGAGAGCAGCGUGAUUCGUGAACACACCGGCUGGUGGCAAGGUUGAAAAGAAGAGGGGAACUCCCCUGCUCUCUUGGAAAAACCACACGUUUCAAGAGUCUAAGCGCCUUUUCAAGCCGCUGGAAUUUUGAAACCUGGUGGUGGAGGGCGACUACAGGAGGGCAGAAUGGAUGAUUUUCUCUCCAUUAGUCUGCUGUCUUUGGCAAUGUUGGUGGGAUGUUACGUGGCUGGAAUCAUUCCUUUGGCUGUUAAUUUCUCAGAGGAACGCCUGAAGCUGGUGACGGUGCUGGGCGCUGGGCUUCUCUGUGGAACUGCACUGGCGGUGAUCGUGCCUGAAGGGGUGCAUGCACUUUAUGAGGAGGUUCUGGAGGGAAAACACCACCAAGCCAGUGAAACCAAGCAGAAUGUGAUUGCGUCAGACAAAGCAGCAGAGAUGUCAGUUGUCCAUGAACAUGAGCUCAGCCACGACCACACACAGCUGCAUGCCUACAUAGGUGUGUCCCUUGUACUGGGCUUCGUGUUCAUGUUGCUAGUGGACCAGAUUGGCAGCUCCCAUGUGCAUUCCACUGACGAUCCAGAAACAGCAAGGCCUAGCAGUUCCAAAAUCACCACCACGCUGGGGCUGGUCGUUCACGCUGCAGCCGAUGGUGUAGCUUUGGGAGCCGCAGCUUCUACUUCACAGACUAGUGUCCAGCUCAUUGUGUUUGUAGCAAUAAUGCUACACAAGGCUCCAGCAGCAUUUGGACUGGUUUCCUUCCUGAUGCAUGCUGGCCUGGAGCGGAAUCGAAUUAGAAAGCACUUGCUGGUAUUUGCAUUGGCAGCACCAGCCAUGUCCAUGCUGACAUACUUAGGAUUAAGUAAGAGCAGUAAAGAAGCCCUUUCAGAGGUCAAUGCCACUGGAGUGGCCAUGCUGUUCUCGGCCGGGACAUUUCUUUAUGUUGCCACCGUCCAUGUCCUCCCUGAGGUGGGUGGAAUGGGACACAGCCACAAGGCCGACACUGGAGGGAGAGGCCUCAGCCGCCUUGAGGUGGCAGCCCUGGUUCUGGGUUGCCUCAUCCCACUCAUCCUGUCAAUAGGACACCAGCAUUAACGGUCAGGUUCUGGCCUCAGGCCAUGGCCAUUGCCAUCCAGGAAGAAGAGCUAGCGUGUGACGCUCCUCACCUCCUCAGUGUUUUGUCUCACCUUGUCCACCUCCACCGUGUUCCUAGAGCCCGAGGGAGGUGAGAGUCCGUCGUGAAGAAGUAGAACAGCGUGCAGCAGGAGCACUGUCCUCAGACAGGGACUGUGUUCUCUUUAGGGACUUUGACAUGCCGCGUUCUGAUGGUUCUCUUUAGGGACUUUGACAUGCCGCGUUCUGAUGGUUCUCUUUAGGGACUUUGACAUGCCGCGUUCUGAUGGUUCUCUUUAGGGACUUUGACAUGCCGCGUUCUGAUGGUUCUCUUUAGGGACUUUGACAUGCCGCGUUCUGAUGGUUCUCUUUAGGGACUUUGACAUGCCGCAUUCUGAUGGUUCUCUUUACCCUAGUCUCAGGGAAGAUGGAAUUUAGUUUUAAAGAAAAGUGGAGAACUUCAUACCAUGAAGUAGUGAUUAUGAAAAUACAGUGUUCUGUAAUUAAGCUCAGUUUUCCCCUUAGUUUAGAGGCUCUACCACCUCCCCAUUGGUUUUUCUCGUGGUUCUUACCGUGUAAGACGGUGCAUCAGCACCUGUGCCCCAUGCCUUGAGAGAAGGGGGCAACACUCACCCUCUUAGAUACUAAAGGUUAGAGUAAGGAGAAGAAGGCCAGGAGACGCAGCUGACCUGGACCUGAAAGAGACAUCCAUCGAAAGGAGAUGUCUAGAGGCUUAAACAACUCUUUUGCACGUGCCUCCCUAAAUAGAGCCUGCCCUUCCUUCCAGUAGAGCAUUUUGAAGAGGGGUCUGGUGUCUUACAGCAUUUUUCUGAAGUAUCCUUCACAGGGUCCCUGUCUGCAGCACAUUCUUCCAGAAGAGCCAGGAUCUGUUCAGGCACAGGCUUUCCUUCAACAACAGUAUGACCACAGUGAAAUUAAGGGGUGUUAACUUUUUCUGGGAAUUUGGAUAGUAACUGACAUCUUUGUAGUACCUUUUAUAAAGUAACACUAUCUCAAAGUAUGUUGUCCUUUUCUGCUAAGUCAGUGGUUCUCAACCUUCCUAACGUUGCAACCCUUUAAUACAGUU